AAAGCUCUGAUGAUUUGUGUGUGUAUUAUAUUGGAGCUCAGGAGCUUCAACUGUCAUUGCGUCGCUAAGUUCAUACACUGAUACACUUGCUGAACUUUUAAGACUGUGACGACGACGUUAGAUCCUAACGACGCCGGAGCCAGCGGUAACGGGGGCGAUAAUAAGCCGGUCAGGGAGGAGGCUUCUGUCGAAGUUCCAGCCAUGGAUCAUAAGAAGGAGGAUAAGAAAGACGAAGAUCUCUCGGAGGAAGAUUUAGAAUUGAAGCAGCAACUGGAAUUACAUGUCGAGCAUGUGCAGGAUGCGGACCUAUCAUUGCAGACUCGCGCCCUUGAGAGCAUAAGGCAGGAAAUUCAGAUGGCAACAAGCUCUAUGACAUCUGUUCCAAAGCCACUAAAGUUUUUGCGUCCUCAUUAUGGAACACUGAAGUCACAUUAUGAGAAAAUGUCUGAUUCUGGUGCAAAGAAAUUAAUGGCUGACAUGCUUUCGGUUAUGGCGUUGGCAAUGUCUGCCAAAGGAGAAAGGGAGAGCUUGAAGUACAGACUACUUGGAUCUUAUGGUGACAUUGGAUCUUGGGGCCAUGAGUAUUUAACGAAUUUGGGUGCAGAGGUUGUCCAUGAAUGUCGGCAGACUGAAGAUAAUGCCCUAGUUAAUGAUCUCAUGCGACUCAUUGCGCAAAUUGUUGCUUUCCACAUGAAGCAUAAUGCGGAACCUGAAGCAGUUGAUCUUUUAAUGGAGUUAACUCCGGUCGAAGAUCUUAGUGUCCUACUGGAAAGUAGUUUGGACAGUGCAAAUUAUAAGCGGACAUGCUUAUACCUUCUAAGUUCAGCAAACUACCUUGCUGAACCAGAUGACAUGUUGGCUUUUGACAAUGUGUAUCGUAUAUAUAGACAGUUUAAGCAAUAUGAAAGGGCGCUUUUUAUUGCAUUAUGCCUUGACAACUUGGUGUACGUGAGGAAAAUUUUUAUGUCAUGUGAUGAUCUUUUACGGAAGAAGCAACUCUGCUACAUCCUUGCUCACCAUCGUAAAACGUUUGAGCUUGAUGAAGAUAUGUGUAGUGAAGAAGAUUUAGAAGGAUUGCAAUUCAUUAUUGGCAACAAUAAACUAAUUGAAGGCUAUCUUACCCUUGCUCGUGAUUUUGAUAUGAUGGAGCCUAAAUCCCCUGCGGACAUUUACAAGGCUCAUUUGGUUGAUGAUCUUGGUGUUGCUGGAACAAUUAUUCUCUCAGCAAGAGAAAACUUGGCUACAACAUAUGUCAAUGCAUUUGUCAAUGCUGGCUUUGGGCAGGAUAAGUUGAUGACAGUCCCAUCAGAGGCUUCAGGAGAUUCAUCAACAAGUUGGCUUUUUAAAAAUAAAGGACUUGGGAAGGCCAGUGCUGCAGCAAGUCUGGGUAUGAUCAUGCUUUGGGAUGUUGAAAUUGGGCUCGCACAAAUUGAUAAGUACUUCCAUAGUACUGACACACUUGUAGUUGCGGGUGCUCUAUUGGCAGUGGGAAUUGUGAAUUGUACCGUCAAGAAUGAACAAGAUUAUGCAUUAGCUAUUCUUACAGAGUAUGUAGUUAAAGAAGAGCCUUGUAUUAGAGUUGGUGCCAUAAUUGGUUUGGGACUGGCUUAUGCAGGUUCUAAACGUUACCAGGUUUUUGAACAACUUCGUCCAAUACUUGUAGAAGAUACAAAUGCAUCACUUGAUGUGAUUGCAUUUACUGUAAUCACAUUGGGGUUGGUAUUUUUGGGGUCAUGCAAUGAAGAGAUUGCCCGGACUAUUAGAUUUUCCUUGAAGAAUAGAAGUGAGUCAGAAUUAGGAGAGCCACUUGCCCGUCUCUUGCCUCUUGGUCUUGGUCUUCUUUACCUAGGGAAGCAGGAUAGUGUGAAUGAGACAGCUAAGGUUUCAAAGACAUUCAGUGAGAAGAUCAGAAGACACUGUAAUAUGACCCUGCUUUCUUGUGCCUAUGCUGGAACAGGGAAUGUACACAAGGUCCGAGACUUCCUUGGUGAAUGUGCUCAGCAUCUCGAGAAGGGUGAAACCUACCAGGGACCAGCAGUGCUUGGAAUUGCUAUGGUGGCAAUGGCUGAAGAGCUGGGGCUUGAAAUGGCUAUACGAUCACUGGAACAUCUUCUGCAGUAUGGUGAGCAGAAUAUCAGAAGGGCUGUUCCUUUGGCUCUGGGCCUCCUUCGUAUAUCAAAUCCAAAGGUCAAUGUCACGGACACAUUAAGCAGACUUAGUCAUGAUUCUGACACGGAAGUAGCUAUGGCUGCCAUUAUCUCCUUGGGGUUGAUAGGUGCAGGAACUAACAAUGCUAGAAUAGCUGGGAUGCUUUGCAAUUUGUCAAGUUACUAUUACAAGGAACCAGACCUUCUCUUCUGUGUUCGGAUUGCUCAAGGUCUUGUCCAUUUAGGAAAAGGGCUAUUAACUCUCUCACCAUAUCAUUCAGAGAGGUUUUUAUUCUCUCAGACUGCUUUGGCUGGACUUAUAGUUACACUGCAUGCUUGUCUUGAUAUGAAAGCUCUCAUAUUGGGGGAAUACCAUUAUUUGUUGUAUUUCCUUUGUUUGGCAAUGACGCCAAGGAUGCUAAUGACAGUGGACGAGAAUUUGAAACCUUUGUCAGUACCAGUCCGUGUGGGCCAAGCAAUGGACGUUGUUGAUCAACCAGGUCGACCUAAGACAAUCACUGGAUUCCGGACCUACUCAACACCUGUUCUCCUUUCUGCUGGUGAUAAAGUUGAACUAGCUACUGACAAAUAUAGUCCACUUUCACCCAUUCUUGAAGGAUUUGUCAUAUUGAAGGAAAACCCAGAAUACAAAGACGAUCAUUAGUCUCUACAACGGGGGAUACAUUCAUUCAGGUCUUCUCUGAUCCUACUUGAAAGACUACAUAGCUUUCAUUCUUUUGUCAGAGGUGUAGGUGAUUAAGUUCUCGCCACCUUAGGUUCUUGCUUCGAUAUAUCCACCGCUUUCUGCUAACCAUUGAUUCUUCUCUGUUUUCCUUUUGAAAAGCAGCAUCCUAAAUUUCUCAUGAGAUCUAUGUUAGCUAGGUAUCUGACAGUGUGAUGAUUCUUUUGUUCAAAAGACAGCAUGGGGUUUCUCCCAACACGUCUUCCAUUUCAUUGUAAAUAGAAUUCAUAUCAAAAACUUCUCUCUACCUUUCAACACUCUGCAAUCAUUUUGAUUGCGAAUUUUACAAACAAGUUAUCAGUUUGUGGCUACGCAUCCUUUCAUUUCA